AUGUGGCAGGAGCAAGAGGUGCCCGCCCUUCGCAGGUGCUCCCCGGUGCGAUGGAUGCAGCCCCGCGUGUGCGGAUCUCCGGUAACAGCCGCGCGGGAGGCUCUGGGUCAGGCGUGGGUCUUGCCUUCCAUCUCGUGGAGAAACGUGGCAGUGGAAUACCAGGCAGACACGCGGUCUGAGUAUAUCAAACUGCAGAAUGGCUUAUGUGCACUUUUGAUUUCGGAUUUGAAUUACUUGGACGGUACCUCAGCUACUUUAUCUGAGGAGGAGGAGAAUGAAGACGAUGAUGAUGAAUCUGAAGGGGAAAGUGAUGAGGAUGACGACUCUGGAGCUGAGAUCGAAGAUCAUAGGGAAGGUUUUGAUGAUGAGGACUGUGAUGAGGAGGAUGGAGAUGAGGACAGUGAUGAAGAUAAUGAUGAUUUCAGUGAUAGUGAUGACAGUGAAUUAGAAGAGCUAGCUGAAAAGGAAGAUACAAGAAAGAGAGGCUGUACAGAGAAGCAGUCUGCAGCAGCCCUCUGCAUUGCUGUUGGCAGCUUCUCUGAUCCUGAAGAUCUGCCUGGGUUAGCACACUUCUUGGAGCACAUGGUUUUUAUGGGCAGUUUGAAGUACCCAGCUGAGAACGGGUUUGAUGCGUUUCUGAAGAAGCAUGGGGGCAGUGACAACGCUUCCACGGACUGCGAGCGGACAGUCUUCCAGUUUGAUGUGCAGAGGAAGUACUUCAAGGAAGCUCUUGAUAGGUGGGCACAAUUCUUUAUUCACCCACUGAUGAUCAGGGAUGCAAUAGACCGAGAAGUCGAGGCUGUAGACAGUGAGUAUCAGCUAGCAAGGCCCUCUGAUGCAAACAGAAAGGAGAUGCUGUUUGGGAGUCUUGCCAGGCCUGGACAUCCUAUGAAGAAAUUUUUCUGGGGUAAUGCAGAGACACUCAAGCAUCAGCCUAAAAUGAACAAUAUUGAUACCUACACCAGACUGAGGGACUUCUGGCAACGCCAUUACUCUGCUCACUACAUGACUUUAGUUGUUCAAUCUAAAGAAACACUGGAUACAUUGGAGAAGUGGGUGACAGAAAUCUUCUCUGAGAUCCCAAAUAAUGGUUUACCCAAACCCAGCUUUGGCCAUCUGACUCAGCCUUUUGACACCCCAGAAUUUCACAAGCUUUACAGAGUUGUUCCAAUCAGGAAGGUUCAUUCAUUGACCAUCACUUGGGCACUUCCUCCACAAGAACAAUAUUACAGGGUGAAGCCUCUUCAUUAUAUUUCCUGGUUGGUGGGACAUGAAGGCAAAGGCAGUGUCCUUUCUUUCCUUAGGAAAAAGUUUUGGGCUCUUGCAUUGUAUGGAGGAAAUGCUGAGACAGGAUUUGAACAGAACUCCACUUACUCCAUCUUCAGCAUUUCUGUGACUUUGACUGAUGAGGGUUACAAGCACUUCUAUGAGGUGGCCCAUGUUGUGUUUCAGUAUGUGAAGAUGCUGCAGAAAAGAGGGCCAGAUAAAAGAAUAUGGGAAGAAAUACAGAAGAUUGAAGCUAAUGAAUUUCACUACCAGGAACAGACAGAUCCAGUUGACUAUGUGGAAAGCCUUUGUGAGAACAUGCAGUUGUUUCCAAAGGAGGAUUUUCUGACAGGAGAUCAGCUCUUGUUUGAGUACAAACCUGAGAUCAUUGCUGAUGCCCUUAACCAGCUCAGUCCUCAGAGAGCCAACCUGGUUCUGCUCUCUGCUGCCAACGACGGCCAGUGCCACCUGAAGGAGAGGUGGUUUGGGACUCAGUACAGCGUGGAAGAUAUUGAUAAGUGCUGGAGUGAUUUGUGGGCCAGUGACUUCGAGUUAAAUCAGGAUUUACACCUUCCAGAAGAAAACAAAUACAUAGCCACGGACUUCGCUUUGAAAGUUGCUGACUGCCCAGAGACAGAAUAUCCAGUCAAAACUCUAAGCACACAACAAGGCUGCCUCUGGUACAGGAAGGAUGAUAAAUUCAAAAUCCCAAAAGGUUAUAUUCGUUUCCAUCUGAUCUCUCCAUUGAUUCAGCAGUCUGCUGAGAACAUCGUUUUAUUUGAUACAUUUGUAAACAUCCUUUCCCACAACCUCGGUGAACCUGCUUACGAAGCAGACGUUGCUCAGCUGGAGUACAAGCUGGUAGCUGGAGAGCACGGCUUGAUCAUUCGAGUGAAAGGAUUCAAUCAUAAACUACCUCUUCUAUUUCAGCUCAUCAUUGAUUACUUGUCUGACUUCAGCUUUACUCCAGCAGUUUUUGAGAUGAUUACAGAGCAGCUGAAGAAAACAUACUUCAACAUCCUCAUCAAGCCUGAGACACUGGCCAAGGAUGUGCGUCUCCUGAUUCUAGAACAUGGCAGGUGGUCCAUGAUAGACAAAUACCAGACGCUGAUGAAGGGCCUUUCCAUUGAGGCACUCUCGUCCUUCGUUCAGGCUUUCAAGUCACAGCUCUUUGUAGAGGGUCUGGUACAAGGAAACUUCACCAGCAGAGAAGCAAAGGAUUUCCUGAAUUAUGUUGUUCAAAAGCUCCCGUUUGCUCCCCUGGCCCAUCCCUGCCCCGUCCAGUUCCGGGUGGUGGAUUUACCAAAUACCCACCUGCUCUGUAAGGUGAAAACUCUCAACAAAGGUGACGCCAACUCAGAAGUGACAGUGUAUUACCAGUCAGGUGCCAGGAACCUAAGGGAAUAUACCAUGAUGGAGCUGCUUGUGAUGCACAUGGAGGAGCCCUGCUUUGACUUCCUGAGGACCAAGCAGACCCUCGGCUACCAUGUGUACCCUACCUGCAGGAAUACUUCUGGCAUUCUUGGCUUCUCAGUCACAGUAGCAACCCAGGCAACUAAAUACAAUUCUGAACUGGUCGACAUGAAAAUAGAAGAGUUUCUUUCUUGCUUUGAAGAGAAAGUCAAGCAUUUAACUGAAGAUGCUUUUAGCACCCAGGUUACAGCUUUGAUAAAACUUAAAGAAUGCGAAGACUCCCAUCUUGGAGAAGAAGUAGACAGGAACUGGAAUGAAGUUGUGACACAGCAGUAUCUGUUUGACAGGCUGGCCCGUGAGAUUGAAGCUCUGAAGUCUGUCACAAAAUCAGCCCUGGUCACCUGGUUCCAAGCUCACAGAAGCAACACGAAGAAAGUGCUCAGUGUCCACGUGGUUGGGUAUGGAAAACACGAAGGGGACUCGGAGGCUACAGGAGUCUCAGAAGUACGGAAUUCUUCAUCUGGUGAAAUACCUCAUCUUAUUUUCUUGCCCCCGUCUUCUUUUAUGGCUGGUGUUACUACCAUCAAGGACAUCAAAGCUUACACAUCAACUCUGAAUGUUCUCCCUUACCAUAAAAUACUAAAAUAAAAUUGCCAUCUUGCCCCGCA